AUGGUCUCACAACUGCAUACGGCGUCGCUCGCCAUCAUAGUUGUUUUUGAAAUCUUUGCCUCAAUAUUCUGCUUGGGUCGGCUUGCUUCGCGAUUCAUCUCGAUCAGGGCGGAGUCGUGGAGAGGUUUAAUGAUGUGGAGUGACAUAUGUAUGCUCAUUGCGUGGGCGCUGUCAGUCGGUGAAACAGUUACCAUGUACAAAGUCACACAAUUGGCUCACUUCGGUUACAAGCUCGUCGACGCCGAAAAGAUGCCAUAUAAUUAUAGAGAAUACAGUCUGGUUUCUUUUGUCAACACCCUCUUCUACAACCCAGUCUUGGGCUUGGUCAAAGCCUCCAUGAUAUUAUUGUAUCUACGUCUCGGAGGCACGAAAAAGGGGGUGCGGAUGGGAUGCUAUGUUCUGCUCUUUGUAGUGUUUGGCCAUGCGUUCGGAACUACUGUGGCGGAUUUGCUACAAUGUUUACCGAUCCGAUACAAUUGGGAUAGGCCCGCCAUGGAUCUUGCUGCACAGAAUGCGGUUGGCGCGAACCAACCAGGACUACUUCCAAACAGGAUACCAUGGCCAACGGGAUUCAAGAAUGGAGUGUAUGUUACUGGAGGUGAAUGUUUUAAUUUGGAGUACUUCCUGUUGAUAACCUCUGGAUUGAGCAUCUUCACAGAUCUCUUGAUGUUACUGAUCCCAAUAUAUAUGGUCUAUGAUCUUCAACUCACCCCAAAGAAGAAGGUUGUGGUACUGAUCGUUCUAUGCAUGGGCUUAAGUGUUACAGCAGUGGGCGCAGCGCGAUUCCAGAUACUUUACAGCGGAUACCAACCCAAUCCAAAUAAAGACAUAAACUUCAGCAUCCGUUCCACCAUCUCCCAGAUCGAGACAGACCUUGCGCUUGUCACAGGCUGCAUCCCAGAUCUCUUCCCCUUGGUCCGCCGCUGCUUCCCGAACUUCCUUCGCUCCGAACCUCGAGUACUGCCGCCGAAUCCUUAUCCCUACGAUUCUGGUUCAAACUCAGGGCUAAGAAAUAGCACCGUCUCGGAUUCCAGAAGAUCAUCCUACUCUCGUCGGGUCAAAAAGAUUCUUACACCGAAUACAUCGAAAAACAUGGAGAGCAUAGAUGAAGAAAUGGAUAUAGGGCAUGGCAUGGAGACUUUCAACUGGAGGGGAGAUAAUGUCAGGGGCGCGGAAGUGGAAGUCAAGGGUGGUGCUGACGUGGAGGUUUUUACGGUAAGUGAGGGCGCGGACAUCGAUGAUGUUAUGGGAGGGAAUGUGAAUGCGAUUGUGAAGACGACGCAAUUUACGGUCGAGGAGCAGGAUGCGGACAGCGUUUACGAGCAUAAGUGGAGUAAUGUCUGA